CUGGUUGCGUGAGAGAGGUGAUCAACACAGUAGUAUAGAUUUUAUAUGCAUGUCCAAGCUGCUUUAGUUGUUCUCUUGAAAAAAGAAAUUAUUUUUUGGAGACAAAGGGUUAAGGAAUUCUGACUAGAGGAACGAUAUCGCAACUCAAAUUUUUUCAAUAAUGUUGUUGAACAGCGAAGACGUAAUAAUAUGAUGCUGGGACUAGAGAAUGGCACGGGAGUCUAGACUAAUGAGAUGGAGGAGAUGAGAAUGAUAGUUGUGGAUUAUUUUGUGGGUUUACUCGGAGCAUCAGCAGCAGGGCAACAAGGUGAGGCCGAGAUCGAUUUUAAUAAAUUCUCUUUCAUCCAUAAUCAGGAGCUUAUCAGUCCGAUCACGGCAGAGGGGGUAAAGAAGGCCGCUUUUGAUAUGCACCCAGAUAAAGUGCCAGGAGCUGAUGGUAUGGAUCCUGCAUUCUUUCAGGCUUUUUGGGAUAUUGUUGGGGCAUGUAUAGUAUCUAUUUGUGCAUCUAUUUUUUAUUCGGGGUGUAUGCCACAUGAUUUAAAUAUUACUAAUAUUGUGCUAAUCCCGAAAAAAGAUACGAGGGGAUUGGAGGUCGAUUGCUUUGUAUAACGUGGUAUAUAAAAUUUUUUCUAAAGUGCUAACGAACAGGUUGGAAGGAAUGUUGGACUCUGUAAUUGGAUAAAAUCAAGGUGCUUUUAUACCAGGGAGGUCGAUAGUAGAUAAUAUCAUGGUUGAUUUCGAGAGUCAGCAUUUUAUGAAUAGGAAAAUGUGUGGGAAGGAGGGAUUUGCGACGCUAUAGCUAGAUAUGAGCAAAGCAUACAACCGGGUGAGUUGGGACUUCCUCCUGAGCAUUAGGGAGCGGAUGGGUUUUCAAGCGAGGUGGAUUCAGCCCAACGACCUGGCCCGUCCAAUGG